UGUUACCACGUGUGUUUCAUGGUGCAUUUGUGUAACAUGUUAGGAAAAACCUUCUGUGUCCUUUAAUGCAAUGACAGACCAGCGUCCAUGGCGGGACAACUGAAGAAGCAGUUAAAAGAGGCAGUGAAGGUCAUCAGCACAGGGAGCCUUCUGUUUGCCUCCUACCUGACUGCGGUUGGAGAUGAGCGUUUCUAUGCCAAUCAUCUGAUGCCCCUCCUGCAGAGGAUUGUGGGAGCAGAGACAGCGCAUGUGUUGGCAGUGAAGAUGAUUGGUCUUGGUCUGGUUCCUCUGAACCGCUACCAGGACCCUGCAUCAUUGGAAGUGAACGUCCUGGGGUUAAAGUUCAAAAACCCGAUUGGGAUUGCGGCGGGCUUCGACAAGCACGGAGAGGCCGUAGACGGGUUGUACAAAGUGGGUUUUGGCUUUGUUGAAGUGGGCACAAUCACUCCCAAACCUCAGGCGGGGAAUCCCAAACCGCGUGUGUUUCGACUCACUGCAGAUAAUGCAGUUAUUAACAGGUACGGGUUCAACAGCUGUGGUUUGGCAGAAGCACAACAGAGGCUCAAGGCCAGGGGAGACACUCAGCAACUGUUAAGUAAAGCUGGCCUUCCCCUGGGCAUCAACCUGGGGAAGAACAAGCUGUCCCAGGACGCAGGGGCAGAUUACUUGGAAGGGGUGAGAGAGCUGGGCCCGCUGGCUGACUACCUGGUGGUCAACGUCAGCAGUCCUAAUACGCCGGGUCUCCGGGAUCUACAAGGGAAGGCUGAGCUCCACCAGCUCCUACAUACGGUGCUAAAGGAGCGGGAUGCCCUGCAGGGAGAACGCAGACCUCCGGUCUUGGUGAAGAUUGCUCCCGACCUCACUGCCCAAGACAAACAAGACAUUGCUGAUGUCGUCACUGAGCUGGGAGUGGACGGCUUAAUGGUGUCAAACACUACGGUGUCCAGACCAGAGAUGCUUCAGGAUCCAAAUAAGUCUGAGGUUGGUGGGCUGAGUGGCCAGCCGCUCAAAGACCUCUCCACUCGCACUGUGAGAGAAAUGUACAACCUCACCAAAGGUAAAGUACUUAUUGUUGGGAUCGGCGGUGUGGCCAGUGGGCAGGAUGCCAUGGAUAAAAUCCGUGCUGGUGCAUCACUGGUUCAGCUCUAUACAGCUCUGACCUACCAGGGUCCGCCCAUAGUGACGAAGAUUAAGAGAGAAUUGGAACAACUUCUUAAAGAGCAAGGUUUCAGCAGUGUAUCAGAGGCCAUUGGAGCAGAUCACAGGGACGCAGCUUGGUCGACUCAUAAGCAGAACCUGCUGAAAGAGAUGGUAAAUGUUAACACAGACACGCAGCCCCCACCUGUAGCUGCCAUCUCCUCCACACAGGCAACAUGAUCUUGAGCUUUUUUUGAACUGUGAUGAAUGCUGAGUAAUUGCAAUCCAUCCGUCUUGAUUUCCAGGAUGAAAUAUGGUCUGAACUGACAUGUGCUAAAAAAAAAACAAAAAACCUUCAGUUUUUGUGAAGAGCAAAUCUCAAAUUCUCACUUUUACUUGAACAUAAUGAUAAAGGCUAAUAAUGAUAAAUCUUUUAUGUUGUAUUAAGAGGCCGAGGUGUGACGUUAAUCCUUUGUUACAGUGUAACAGCAAGUGUUUCUCACGCACACACUGAUACCUAGGCUAAGUGAACUCUUCAAACUAACCUCUAUUUUUUUUUUUACAAACAUAUACAAACUAUUGUCUUGUGUAUAAAUGAAAAAAAUCUGACGUUAUAUCGAAAAUAGCAAAACUUGUUUGUUAUUCUCCAUUUUAGAAACUAUCUAAUACAAAAGUUGAAUCAUGCAUUCGAGUGUUAACAUUGUGUUAUUUAUUGCUCAUCUAAAAUUGAUGUUAUUAUUGUAAAAUGAAUGGCAGAUUGCAAAAACUUAACAAAUACGUAUUCAAGAUGUUACUGCACAGAAAUCCAGUCAAACACAAUCACAGCUCGAUUGCUAUUUGGGUUAAAGGAUCAAGGUAUCCGUUUUUGUAAUGGUGCUCUAAGAGAACGUGUAGCAGAGGAGUUUAUGGCGAGUCUUUGUGAACUCCUCCUGUUCAAAAGAUAUUGUACGCCAGACUUGAUUAAAGCUCCAACAGCAAAGAGUUUUCAACAGACAGAUUAGGGGUGAACGAUGGAGGCAAAAUCUUCUUUCAUGAUAUUUGUAAUUUUAUAACUUGAUGAAAUAGUCGUUGUUCUGUGACUGUACUUUAUCUUGGGCUUGUGAUCAGUACUCAGUACCUUUCACAUAAUAUACAAUCCCAGAUCAUUCUGACUCCCUGACGGAUCAGCAAACUUUCUGUUGCUGCCGUUUCUGGAGCUGCUCCCUGUCAGUUCAAUGUCUACCCGGUUAGCACAAGCUAACAGCGGCAAACAUCCCACAUCUGUUAAACAGUUCAGACAAGCUCACAGCGACACAGAACCUCCUCGACUCUGACAUUAAACCUGUUAAUAACUGUUUAAGUUAUCCUUGUGAUGCUAACAGUUAGCCCUGUCAUUGUGCAUGUGGUGACAGACUCUCACAACUGUCCGUGGCGUAGAGCUCGCACUCCUGUAGCAGCAGCUAAAACUGUUAUAGUCUAUGAUGUGGUGAAGUUUAGUGCGGUGUAUUGAGUCUGAUGUUCCGCCUGCAAAGAUGCUUUUCUUUGAUGCUGGUGUGGUGUGUGUUGGCCGUAAAUCUGAAGCAGUGCAGUGUGUGUGAUUGCUUGAGAAAAGCGCCUGCAGCGUCAAUGCUGUAUAUCCUCGGUGCAGCCUCCCAGCUCUGAUGCUGGUUGGAAUUACAAUUAAAAAUGUGACUGUCUCAAUCACAUCAAGUGAAUGUAAUUAGGUCAUUAUGGGUGCGUUUGAAAAUACUUACUCUGUGUGUCGGCACACACUCUGGCACAAACUGGACUGUUUGUAUAUUUGGAGUGCUGUUGGUACUGUUGUUGAUGUACCAUUCAGUUAUCCAGAGUACACCACUCUGGGAGUGGCAGAGUGCACUCUGGGUACUCCGUCUGGGGAGACGGAGCAGCAGAGCACCGAACGAAGUGAAUGUGAAAUGAACUGCACAGCUUGGUAAUUCACGUUGAUAUAGAACACUCUGUUUCUUCAAACAACUCCCUCAUUUUAGUGUAGAGCGUCAGAUUAGAUGUAGGAACGCACCCUAUAUAUACAGGAAACUCAGGGAACAAUUUGACUCGUUCAUUUUACAAAGAAAUAAAAUAACUGUUGAAUCAU